AUGUCGACCGUCUUCCAAACAACAGCUUCCAUAAUCUCAAUUCUAUUCAACGUCCUCUUACUCACAUUGAUUGUUCACAAAUCGCCGAAGAAAUUAGGAUCUUACAAAUAUCUCAUGAUUUUCUUCACAUCUCAUUCGAUAUUUCUAUCGACUUUGGAGAUUAUUGUGAAACCAGUGAGUUUUGUUUUGAAGUUAUGAAAAAUUUUAAUGAAUUCUUGAAGUACGUGUUAUCGCAUGGCACAAGCUUCAUAGUCUUCAUGAAUCGGACAAAUUCAAUAUUUCCAUAUGAAGUAGACCUUGUGAUUCUCUGUGAGUAAAAUUCAAUUCAUUUUUUUUAAAUCAAAAAUCAAUGAGAUUUUAGGCAUGGGAUGUGCUUGUUGCGGGAUCACAAUGUACAUUUCAGCGAUUCAUUUUAUUUACAGAUACUGGGCUAUUGAAAGGUACAUUACUUUGUCAGUUGCGUGCGGCCGUGUUUGCUUCCCGACCGCGACGCACAGCCGCACGCCACUGACUGCAUUGAUUUUCACUUUUUACGUUUUUACGGCAAAAAAAUAAAAAAACUUUCAGAAAAGGCCGACUGGAAUACUUCAAAGGGUUCCGUGUAAUUUUCUGGUUCACAAUUCCAUUAUCAAUGGGAACCCUUUGGGGAUUUGCCACCUUUUUCGGUUUGAAAGUGGAUGAAUCCACUAUGCAGUACAUAAGGUAACUAAAAAAAAUUUUUAAAUUUUUUUCAUCCGAUUUUCAGGACAAGUAUGACCGAGACUUAUGGAUUUCACACAGAACAUCUUGUUAUGGUUGGCGCAUUUUACUAUUCACCAAACAAGAUGAAUUUCUAUCGAAAUUUGGGUGGAGCCAUGGUUUUGGCGUUGAUUAUGACGUCAUCGGCGGCGAUUAUUAUCUACUGUGGAAUAAGGGUUUUUCGGAAAAUCAGGAAAAUUCAUCAGCAAGGAAGUGCGAGAUUCACCAAGAGAUUGCAAACUCAACUUUACAAGGCGCUAGUGGUUCAGGUAAUAAGUUUUUCCCUAUAGGGAAAAACUGUAGCUACAUAGUACUUCAAAGUUCUCUUGUUUCAGACAGCUCUCCCAGUUAUUCUCCUAUACUUCCCCCUUGGUUUAUUCUUCUUCCUCCCACUGAUCCAAGUCGAUAUCGGAACUUAUAGUCAAAUCGCAAAUUUGACUCUUGCAAUCUACCCGGCUCUCGAACCUCUUCCCUUGCUCAUUAUAAUUGAUAAUUAUCGAAGAGGAUUGUUUGAAUUUUUUUCACGGAAAGUUGCUGCGAAGAAUCAAGUUCAACCAGUUGCAGAACAAGAAUUGAGGACGGUUUCAGGGAGAUAUGAUUGAUGUUUUGGUAGUUGACAUCGAUCACAAGAUCAGAAUGAACUAAUUGGUCUCACGGGAUCAAGACAAGUGCAAAUUCUGUUCUUGUUUUCAGCAGCAUUCAAAGAAAAGCUUCAGAAUGAAGGCCUUAUUCAAAUAUUCAGCGUCAGUUAUCGCAAUAACAUCAAACCUAACUCUACUCUUAUUAAUCAUCAAAAAAUCCCCGAAAAAACUUGGGUCCUAUAAAUAUCUAAUGAUUUUCUCCACAUUGCAUUCAAUAUUUGUAUCAUGUAUGGAAAUUUCACGAGAUGUGGUAAAUGAUUUUGAUAUCGGGCAAUGAGAAUAAAAUUUUUGUAAUUUUUUUAGAACAGUUUAUCAUUUGGCACGAGUUUUGUGGUAGUCAUGGAUCGUCGAGGAUCGUGGUUUUCCUAUGAUUUGGAUAUGAUAUUUUUGGGUGAGGUUUUAUAGCAAUAAAAAAAUUAUUUUUGAAUUCGCGCAACUUCCACUAGUGUGCGGUAGAGCGCACAUGUCAUUUUAUCAUUCGAAAAUUUUCCAGUCACCGCUUGUGGAUUUUGUGGCGUUACGAUGAGUAUAUGCGCAAUCAACUUCAUUUAUCGCUACUGGGCUAUUGAACGGUAAUUUUUGCGAACUUUUAAGUUUAAACUUUAAAAAGUCUUCAAAAACCCCAUCAUUUUCUAGAAAAGGUCGUCUGAAACGCUUUCAAGGGUACCGAUUGAUCUUCUGGCUUCUAAUUCCAAUUUCUAGCGGGAUUCUCUGGGGUUUCGCCGUUCAUUUUGGUUUGCAUAUAGAUCAAAUAGCUUUGGAUUAUGUUAGGUAAGUGUUUUACAACAUUAUAUUAUGUACCUUGAGUUAUCUUAAGUCCUCACAUUGCUGAAACCUAUGGCCUCGAUGCAAAUCUUAUUGCAAUAGUUGGAGCAUAUUAUUUCUCCCCAAAUCGAAUUAUGUUUUAUCGCAAUUUGGGUGCAUUAGGUAUUCUAUCAGUGAUUCUGAUGUCAUUGUUGACAAUCAUACUUUAUUGUGGUGUCCGGAUUUUUCGAAAAAUCCGCAAAAUUCAUAGAAAAGGAAGUUCGAAGGUUACAAAACUUUUGCAAGCGCAAUUAUACAAAGCACUCGUUGUUCAAGCAUUUUUUCCUGUUUUUCUUUUAUUCAUUCCAAUUAGUCUCUUUGUUUUUCUUCCAUUUAUCAAAAUCGAUAUUGGAAUCUAUAGUCAUGUCAUGGAUUAUACAAUUGCUAUUUAUCCACUCUUCGAACCUCUACCUUCUCUAAUUAUCAUUGAUGAUUAUCGAAAAAGUUUGUGGAAUAUUGUGAAGCCUAGUUUUACGAAACCCAAUCAAAUCCAACCAGAAAUUCCGACUGCAAGUCUGGAGCUUCAAAAUAGAUCAUAA